AUGUCUGAGUGUGACCAAGAUGUUGACAGACAGGAAUUUUAUCUACGUUUGGAUGAAGUGUAUAAAAUUAAGCAUGCUUCCAGUAAUCCUUUGCUGACGCCGACGCAAUAUGCUUCACUCAUCGAACGAGUUAAUUUGGCCAGGAACAAUUUCAAGAAAACUUCAGCAGAUUAUCGUCUUUUGAAGAGAUACGAAACAGUAAAGACACCAUCAGGUGAAAAAUUAAUUUUCGCAAAAUGUUCAAGCCCCGGUAAACGGCAGUAUUUUGUAAACACUGACGAAAUAUAUGAUAUUGUUCGCUUGAUUCACAGCAAAUUAAAUCAUGCCAGACUGAGACGAAUGAUGGACGAAAUAAAAAAAAAAUAUAAAAAUAUCACUGGACAGAUUGUUACAGUUUAUUUAUCUUUAUGUAAAACAUGCAAGGACAAGGACAGCAGACGAAAAUUGGAUAUAACUAAUGAUGUUAGUGACGUCGGUUCUAGUUCAAGUUUAAAUGUGAACGAGCCAACUAUUACUUUCUCAACAGAAAAUAAUACCAACGAAGAAAAUGGGUCAGACCUUGGCAAUAUAACUGUAUAUCCUGAGCUUUAUUCGCGCGGACAAGUUGACAUAUUAGGUGUUAUAACUUCAUCCUCAAUAGAUGAGUACAAAUACAUGAUGGUGUAUAGAGAUUUCGUAAACAAAUAUACGCAUUUGAAAGCGCUUAAAUCUACUAAAAUCGAUGAGACAGUUGAAGCGUUAUUAGAAAUAUUCCUUGUAUUUGGCGCACCCAAUAUAUUACAAUCGAAAAACGACAUAUCCAUUACUACAAAAAUCUGCCAUCGAAUGUCGGACAUAAAUUCUGACAUAAAAAUAGUAGCUGGUGAGCCGAAUCCCUGUGAAAGCGAUUUCAACGGCAAAUCGAAUAACGAUAUUUUAAUAGAUUUGAAUAACUGGGUAAAGAGAUAUAAAAAAUGUAAGUGGCAGCAAGCCCUAAAGUAUAUACAGUACUCUCUAAAUACGACAUUUAAUAAAGUUUUGUGCAAAACGGCGAGUGAGACCGUUUUCGGUUCGAACCCAAGUAGAGGUCUGGCUUCGCUAAUGAGGAAGGAAGAAUACGAUUACUUGCAAACAGAGGAUGAACUGAUUGAGGUAUUAGAAAAGAAAGAAUGGCAACACGAUAUGUCCGAGCAGCUCCUGCAGCAGGAAUCUCUUAUACCAGCUGAAAGUUUUACUAAAUUAGAGCCCGAGGAGGACGAAGUCUCCCUUAUUUUAUAA